AAUUUAUAAAAUAAAAAUUAAUCUUAAAGGAAUUCUCGGAAUUCUAUUGCCAGAUACUGCUGCAGGCUGCUACCUUUAUUUCUCCCAACUACCGCUUUGCCACACGGUGUCGCUACAGAUCUUGGCUACCAACGUGAAGUUGGCGUCAGCGGUCCAUGAUUAUAUAGUCAAAGAGCUGGCCUGGGUGAAGAAAUAAUGCAAUCUUUCGGCGAUGACACUUUCUUCGCUUGCAUAGACAUCGAAAGGAAACAUCAAAUCUUGCAAGCGGUGGAUAAAGUCCCUUUGCAGGAAGGAAACGUCAGUGAUCUGGGUAAAUAUUUCAAAUCGACCUCGCCACUGUCGGGAUUCACGAGCACGAGGAACGACGUGGAUCGCGUGGACAGAUCGAAGUUGUCUGAUUCCGGCAGAAAAAGGAUCGGAGAAGAGAACGCGUUCGGCCCCGUCAAUUUCGAGGACAGUAUUAUAUUUCCCAAGGUCAACGGCAGAAGGAAUGUAUCCUCGGCCGCCGGUACCUCGCGAGAAAGCAGGCCCUUGCCGUCCCCGAGAGAUCGGAGCCCUCGUGCAACACCCAAGAAGAAUGUUGACACAAAUUUGAGGGAGAAACAUCGUCUCGGCACAGCCUGCAGCGGUACGAAGAAACGCGAUGUGUCCAGCACUCGAGGUGUACUUUGUAAAAAUAGGUCUCCUGCUAACAAGACGCGAGAUGCAACAAGUAGUGGCGACGUCAGAACGUUAUUGACCGUUGAUGCUACGUACAGUAGAGAAAAUUCGGAAUUCGUUAUCUCGACUCCGCCUAUUUGCACUCAGGAUCGUUGUAAAUUGGCAUCGUGGGGUUUGCCGCCAAAUAUUCUCGAAAAAUACAUCGCUCGUGGAGUCGAACGCAUGUUCACAUGGCAAAUGGAAUGUUUGUCAAAUCAGCUAGUAAUGCAAGAGCGAAAGAAUCUCGUGUAUUCCGCGCCUACCUCUGCAGGGAAGACUUUUAUCGCUGAAAUCCUGUUAAUUAAGACCGUUCUAGAGAGACAGAAGAAAGUGAUCUUUAUCCUGCCAUUUGUUUCUGUCGUUAGAGAAAAGAUGUAUUACUUCCAAGAUUUACUGUCUGACGUUGGAAUAAGAGUGGCGGGAUUUAUGGGAGGGAACGUCCCGCCCGGAGGAUUUGCCGCUACUCACGUUGCAAUAGCCACUAUAGAGAAGGCGAAUUCCUUGGUGAAUCGUUUAAUGGAGGAGAACGACUUGAGUAGCUUAGGAGCUGUGAUAAUAGACGAAUUGCAUCUACUCGGUGACCCUAAUCGUGGCUAUCUCUUGGAGUUGCUUCUGACAAAGUUGAAAUACAUGACUCUCCACAACAAUAACAUUAAUAUACAACUGAUAGGCAUGUCGGCCACACUGCCGAAUUUAACUUUGCUAGCCAAAUGGUUGAGUGCAGAACUGUACAAGACUGACUUUCGACCCAUACCUUUGAAUGAAUAUUGCAAGAUAGGAGCAAAUAUAUAUGACAACAAAUUGAACCUUGCCAGAAAAUUAACAGAGUUACAAGAAUUAGACACAGACGUAGAUAAUGUUCUACAGCUUUGCAUUGAGACAAUAAGCGCCGGUCAUAGUGUGUUGAUUUUCUGUCCCACAAAGAAAUGGUGUGAGAAAUUGGCAGAGCAAAUUGCUGCAGCUUUCUACAAGUUAGGUUGUGAAAAGACAGAGCUUGGUGAGAUGUUAAAGAGAGAAAUCAACUCCGCAUUAAUCCACGAGACUUUGGAACAAUUAAAACGCAGUCCAAGUGGUUUAGACAAUAUUUUGAAGAACACGAUUUCAUUCGGCGCUGCAUUUCAUCAUGCUGGACUUACGAUGGACGAACGUGAUAUUAUAGAAGGAUCCUUCAGAACGGGAUCUUUGAGGGUUCUUAUAGCAACGUCGACGUUAAGCAGUGGUGUGAACUUACCUGCACGAAGGGUAAUCAUAAGAUCACCUCUAUUCGGUGGCAUUCCAUUAAAUACUUUAACUUACAAACAAAUGAUAGGACGCGCUGGUCGUAUGGGGAAAGAUAGCGCAGGAGAAAGUAUAUUAAUAUGUAAACCGAACGAACGUAAUGCAGCUAUGUCAUUACUCUCUGCAGCUCUGGAUCCAAUUGAAUCUUGUCUCAAUGAUUCCACGCUACUAAUAAGAGCGCUGUUAGAAGCAGUAGCCAGCGAAGUUUUAUACACAUACAAAGAUUUAGAGCUGUAUAUUAAUUGUACUUUGCUAAGCUUGAGUGAUCAAUCUGAUGUGCGAACAUUUUCCAAUGAAGCGAUGAAAUUUUUAUUAGAGAAUGAAUUUUUAAUGUUACAAACUACAGGGCGAGAAUCCAGGUGGGUGGCAACGGCACUUGGGAAAGCAUGUUUGGCCGCGUCUAUACCUCCCAGAGAAGGGUUGUUUCUGUUCGAAGAAUUACAGAAAGCACGAAGGUGUUUCGUUUUGGACACCGAAUUGCACGUGAUAUAUUUGGUGACACCACUCUCGUCCGGAUGUCAAAUCGGAACUGUCGAUUGGAUGACGUUUCACGAAUUGUGGAACACCAUGACCGAAAGCGAGCGCAGAGUCGGAAAGCUCGUCGGGGUGGAGGAGCGCUUUGUGCUGUCAGCUAUUAGGGGAAUCAUUAAACCUGGAAAAUCGUUGAACAUACAUAGGAGAUUCUACAGCGCGCUGGCGCUGCACGAUUUGGUUAAAGAAGUGCCACUUCACGUAGUUUGUAAGAAGUAUGGAUGUUGCCGCGGAGUAUUGCAAACCUUGCAACAGUCUGCUGCCACGUACGCGGGUAUGGUCACGCAAUUUUGCAAGCAAUUAGGUUGGGAUUGUAUGGAAUUAUUGGUGAGCCAAUUUCAAACGAGACUGCAGUUCGGCGUCUGCAGAGAAUUGCUAGAUUUGCUGCGACUGCCGAUGUUAAACGGCUUGCGAGCGAGAAGCCUGUUCAAACAAGGAAUAGAAACCGUGGCAGACUUGGCUGUUGCUAAUGAACUUAACGUUGAACGCGCGCUUUACAAUGCUCUUCCUUUUGAAAGUGAAAAAGAAUGUGAAGGAGAGUAUGCAUUUGAGGUGGAAAAGAGAAAUAAAAUGAGGACAGUAUUCGUCACUGGAAGAGAUGGUCUCACACCUCAACAAGCUGCAAUUUUAUUGGUUCAAGAGGCGCGGAUGUUAAUUCAGAACGAGUUGGGAUUAGAGCAGAUGCCGUGGGAGCAAACUGAGCGAACUCUGCAAGUAAAUUCGUAUGUCGGAAAUGCUGAAGAUACGUCGGAUGUGAAAGAACAAAAUCAGACGGAUUUGAAUGAAAAGAAAUCUCCGAAAAUUAAAAUAUUUGUCACGGAAAAUUCAUUACACGAAAAGUCGCCUGUGAGUAAUGAAAAUCAAAAGGAUGAUAAUCUGAAACCUGACGCACAUAAGGAAAGUGAAACUGAUGCGUCCGACAAGAAGGAAGCAAUUGAAUUGAACAGUCGGCAUUUCGAUGAAGCCAGUUUGUCACCUAAAGUCUCAAAAGACGAUUCAAAAGAUUCUCUUUUUCUCGACUUAAGCAGUCCCGAUAUAAUGGCAAACGACGAACAAUUAGAUAUUCCGAAAGAGAAGAAAACUCUUUCCGCGAGCGGUGGUACUAACGUAAAGAGAACCAGCAAAGAUUUCGAACAGCCCAGCUUCGUUGCUAACGAUAUACCCAACAAAAAGUUAAAAAUGUCCAGCCCGAAUGAGAUAAAAAAUAACUAUGAGGAUAUGAUAGACAAAGACAAGAGUAUGUCUAUUUUAAGCGGAAAGCCACUUUAUUCAAGGAGUCCCAGUCUAUUCGAUGACAGUUUGAAUCUUGACACUCAAAUAUGCGAUAUUCUCGAACAAAAUGUCAUAGAUACCGCACAUUUGACGGGAUUGAAUGUUAAAGUAAGCGAAGUGGACGCCGCGAAUGCGUUGCAGAAAGAAUCUACAAGUCUAAAUAAUGGCAAUGUGCAAUUACGUAAAGAAACUAAAGAAAAUAAUGUAAAUAAAAACAGUAUAUUGUCGUGGGGUGACGACUCGUGGAAUAAUUCCGAAGGAUUGCUGAAACAGGUAGCUCAAGAUCAGAAUAUGAUCCAAUCCAAGAAGGAAAUAUCUAGUCCCAAAAUUAAAAACAUUGUAAAUACAAAUAUAUCCGUUACGUUAAAAGAUACGAAAACUUGCACACCGAACAGUAAGGAAGAUGUGCGUAAAGCCGAGGUCAAAAAACGCACUGCCGCGGUUAAGGAGAAAUCGGCACGGAAGCCCAAACUGCCGAAAGGAGCGGAGAUAGACUCCCCUGUGGCAGAUAUAAUUGUUUUCAGAAAGGAACGGAAGACGUCCGCGGAUUCAAAUAAAUCCGAUUCGGAUGACUUCGUCGUCGGUUCGCAGCACUUCGAAUCUCCUUUCAGCACUUGCAGAAGUCGAACGAGGACGACGUUGGAGAAGAUGCGUAAGCUGCGUUCUCAGAAACUCGUCGAUGAGGAUACAAUAGCGGAAAUGAAUAAUUGUUUAAUAAAUUCGCCUAUCAAAGAAAUACCAAAUGACGUGGUGGAGGAUAAAAUAAAAGAAGAAGAACGGAAAGUGAAGCCAAAGUUGAAGGAGAUUUCGGGUCAAAAUCCAUUAGUCCCUGCGAAUUGCAGUAUCGACAGCGUUAUAUGUAAUUCCGAAGAUGAGGCGGGGAUUAAUUCGAUGAUAUUAACUCGGAACAAAGCAACUCAAUUUAAGCCAAAGCAACAUGAGGUGCAAUCGAACGAUUUGGAUAAAAAUGCAAAAUCGAAAAUAGAAAGUAUAGUACCUGAUAACAAAAAGAAUUUGUUGAACGAAACGAUAGAUUGGAAUACGUUAAAUAUCGUGAAAGUUGCGAACAACAGAGCGACUUUUAAUCUGUUCAAACGCGAAGUGUUAAAGAAGCGAAAUAUCGCUUUAGCCUUACAUUGUGACUUGUACGCAGACAAUGCGAGUAACAUAGGCUCGAAGAUUUGUGUCUCCAAUGCAGAAGGAAAACGGAGGCCCAGGAGGUCUGGGAAUUUUGCGCAUGGAAAUAAAGAGAUUCGCGGCGUUGCAAUAUCCUGGGAGAGCAAUAUCGCAUAUUACCUCUCCUUCAGUAAUUUACAAGAAUCAAAAGUCUCUGGAAAAGAACAAAUGGCUCUGGUGAAAGAAUUAUUUUAUGACACGACUUUGUACGUGAAAUGCUUCGCGGUAAAGAAUAUAUACAAACUCCUGUAUCAGUGCUGUGGAAUUACCGCGAAAUGUAGAUUUCUUGAUCCCACGAUUGCGCAUUGGUUGUACACUAACGAUUGCGAAAGAAAUUUCGAUGAAAUGGUAGUACAGUACUUUCCGCAAGGAAAUGUUAUAAUGAAACGUACAAAAUCUCGUUAUUACGCCGGUCCCGGGAUGGAUGUGCGAAGUUCUUUACCAGGCGAGUUUAGAUCGGCAGCAGAAGCCAUGCUUACAUGGCACAUGAUAGAUAAUGUCACGAGUAAAUUAGAAGAACUUAAUCCCGCUUUACUUUAUGCAUUUAGAGAAGUAGAAAUGAGAAUCAUGACAACUUUAGCUUGUAUGGAAUUAUCAGGCAUUGGCGUGAAUUUGAAAUCUUUGCAAGAGUUAUCUUCGGUUAUUUCAAAUGAAAUGCAGUCUUUAGAAACGGAAGCUUUUGAUUUGGCAGGUAGAAAAUUUAAUUUUUCGUCGUCCAAAGAAGUCGGCCAGGUAUUAGGAUUAUAUAAAGAUAAAAAAAUCAGUACAAGCAAAGCUGUUUUGGAAAAAUGUGACAAUCCAAUAUCGACCCUGGUGAUUUCCUGGCGGAAAUUAAAUGCAACAAGAACAAAAAUGAUCUACCCGUUAUUAAAUCUGGGCCAAGAAGACUCACGUAUUCGUGGUAAUUGCAUCACUUGUACCGUGACAGGAAGAGUCUCGAUGCACGAACCAAAUUUGCAGAAUGUGCCAAAGGAUUUUAGUUUCGCAGACAAUAAUCUCGUCGUGAGCGUAAGGAUGGCAUUUGUACCAGCUCUAGGCAACAUAAUGCUAUCCGCCGACUAUUGUCAACUCGAAUUACGCCUCUUGACCCAUUUCUCGCAAGAUUCGGUAUUGUGUAAAAUUAUGAGACAGCCGGGUGACAUUUUUAAAAAUAUUGCUGCCAGAUGGAAUAAUGUAGCAGAGGAACAGGUAACCACCGAAAUGCGUCAGCGUACCAAGCAAUUAUGUUACGGCAUGAUUUACGGCAUGGGGGUGAGAUCAUUGGCCGAAAAUCUGUGUAUAAGUGAGCCCGAGGCUCAAGAGUUUUUAGAGUCAUUUAUGAACGCGUAUCCUGGCAUAUACAAGUGGCUAAAUGACGUACUAGAAGACGCGCAUCGCGACGGAUAUGUGACGACGAUACUCGGAAGACGCAGGCAGCUUCCUGAUUUAAACAGUACAAAAUCAUCUACGAGAGCACAAGCAGAACGACAAGGUGUAAAUACAAAGGUGCAAGGUUCCGCUGCAGACAUAGUCAAGAAAGCUAUGAUAAGUAUAGAGGACAAGAUAAGAAGCUACUUUCCGGAUUCGGCUAUGAUACUUCCAGAGAUGCAUACCACUCGCAAACUACGAAGUAAUUUGCAACAAAGAGGUGGUUAUUUAGUUUUACAGCUACAUGAUGAAUUGUUAUACGAAGUAAAUUUAGCGGAUUUAAAAGAAGUGGCUCUUAUAAUCAGAGAAUCAAUGGAAAAUGUGUGCCAACUUACUGUGCCAUUGCCAGUAAAAGUCAGAGUUGGUCCUGCAUGGGGCGAUUUAAAUGAUUAUCAAUUUUAGCGAACAUUUCUAAUCAUAGCGUACCAAUCAUUAAUUUUAAAUCACUAUUUUUACUUUUACAUUUUUUUUAAAUAACUAAUCAUGGGUAGACUAUUUAUGAAUCAUGCCAAUAUUUACCAAAUAUUUUAUACAUUAUUUUUUUGUGUUUAUUGAAAUUGUAAAUACUUAAAUAUCUUAAUUUAUAUUAUUCAUAUACUAUUUUCACAAGUAAUAGAGAAUCAAUGAAAAUUGUAAAUAGUUGAAGUGGAAUCCAGUAUUUUUCAAAGCAUUUUUAAAAAUUAAUUU